UCUGGCCGUCUUCAUUCCGAUAUAAAUUCGUGCGUCAAGCUUCGCACUGCCCGCCAUGGCUCCACAGCCCCCUUCGGAAGAAGCCUGUGCCUCUGCAAUCCUGCCAGUCGGGACUGUUCGAUCGCAGGGCUACCAGCUAGUGCACCUUGUGCGGACGCAGCUCGUAUCUAACAGCUUGGCUCUAGCUUCUGCCCUUCUGAUCUGCCGCAAGUACAUCGACGCGCUGUUCCUUGCGAGUCGGUACCUGGACGAGGAAGCCUCCCAAAGACGCCCUACCCCGGCACCCUAUCCAAUGGAGCCCGUCUUCAGAACUGCCUCUCCAUACAUUGAUCCUACCGUCAAAGGUCCCAAUUUCCAGAUUCAGGCCUCGGGAAUAGAUUUACGCAAGAUGAUUUCAAGCAACGUCAACAAGACUGCCCUGCACCCUGGCGGUGUUCAGCCUUACCGCGAGCACACCGAGCUCGAGGAGGAACUGCACGAGAUUGCCCACAUUGACUACGACCGCGUCGCCAUUGUCGCCAAUCCCUCCGUCGCCGCGCUUUACGAAGAUGCCCUCGUCUACGAGAGCGGCACUGCCAUCACCUCGAGCGGUGCCUUGACUGCCUACUCAGGCGCAAAGACUGGCCGCUCGCCCCUGGACAAGCGAAUUGUCAAGGAGCCCUCUUCAGAAAACGACAUCUGGUGGGGACCAGUCAACAAGCCCAUGAGCACUGAUGUCUGGAAAAUCAACCGAGAGCGUGCCGUCGACUACCUCAACACCCGCAACCGCAUCUACGUCAUUGAUGGCUAUGCCGGCUGGGACGAAAAGUACAGGAUCCGCGUCCGCGGCAUGACCUCUGCCACGUCCGUGGCCAUCAACUUCGCCGAGAAGGAGAUGGUCAUCCUGGGCACCGAGUACGCCGGCGAGAUGAAGAAGGGCAUCUUCACCGUCCUCUUCUACGAGAUGCCCAUCAAGCACAACGUCCUGACCCUGCACUCGUCCGCCAACGAGGGCAAGAACGGCGACGUCACCCUCUUCUUCGGCCUGUCCGGCACUGGCAAGACCACGCUGUCUGCCGACCCCAACCGCGCCCUGAUCGGCGACGACGAGCACUGCUGGAGCGACCGCGGCGUCUUCAACAUUGAGGGCGGCUGCUACGCCAAGUGCAUUGGCCUGUCGGCCGAGAAGGAGCCCGAUAUCUACAACGCCAUCCGCUUCGGCUCCAUCCUCGAGAACGUCGUUUUCGACCCCGUCACCCGCGAGGUGGACUACGACGACGUCACCCUCACCGAGAACACGCGCUGCGCCUACCCCAUCGAGUACAUCGCCAACGCCAAGAUCCCCUGCAUGACCGACAACCACCCCACCAACAUCAUCCUGCUCACCUGCGACGCCCGCGGCGUGCUGCCGCCCAUCUCCAAGCUCGACAGCGCCCAGACCAUGUUCCACUUCAUCUCCGGCUACACCUCCAAGAUGGCCGGCACCGAGGACGGCGUCAACGAGCCGCAGGCCACCUUCUCCAGCUGCUUCGCCCAGCCCUUCCUGGCCCUGCACCCCAUGAAGUACGCCCGCAUGCUGGCCGACAAGAUUGAGCACCACAAGGCCAACGCCUGGCUGCUCAACACCGGCUGGGUCGGCGCCGGCUUCGCCCAGGGCGGCAAGCGAUGCCCGCUCAAGUACACCCGUGCCAUCCUCGACGCCAUCCACUCUGGCGAGCUCGCCCAGGUCGAGUUCGAGAACUACGACGUCUUCAACCUGCAGGUCCCCAAGACCUGCCCCAACGUUCCCGACGACCUGCUGAACCCCAAGAAGGCCUGGACCGCCGGCGACGACAGCUUCCAGAGGGAGGUUGUCAAGCUGGGCCAGCUCUUCCGCGAGAACUUUAAGAAGUACGAGAGCGAGGCCACCCCUGACGUCAUUGCCGCCGGCCCCAGCGUCUAA